UAAACCGCCCCCUUAAUGGCAAACUCUUCCACUUCUUCCACUUCUCAAAGCAAUUUAGAGAAAAAGCAAACGUUCCAUUUUCGAGCAACGUUCGAAACUCAAGAUAUACAACUCGUCGCUAACAUUCGAAAACUCCAUCAACACACCAUAGAACUCUCGAUCAAGAAUCUGCAGAGAAAACAAAGCUAUAAUACUCAAGAGAAAAUGGCAGCAAGAAACCAACCUGGAAGAAAUCAAACCAAAGACCUCAAGUGUGCAACACAUCUCCUAAGUGAUAAAUUCAGAAACAUGAGUGAGGAGAAGAAAACGAUUGUGAGGGAUUUGGGAUUCGGUGGCUUGAUGCACAUCCCACCACUAAGGGUGCAUCACCAAAUGUUAAGGGAGCUGGCUAACAACUUCAAAUUGGGAGAGAACAGACUAGAAAUCGGAUACGGUUCUUUUAAAAUAACCCCAAGAAAAAUAGGUCAUGCGCUUGGCAUCAAUGCAACAGCAUAA